AUGAAGGAGGUAGUAAGAGCUGAGGUGAUCAAACUUCUAGAUGCUGGAAUAAUCUACUCGAUAUCAGAUAGUAAAUGGACUAGUCCAGUACAAGUUGUGCCCAAGAAAGGAGGAAUUAUAGUGAUACCAAUGACACCGGAUGAUCAGGAGAAGACCAGCUUCACAUACCCCUAUGGGUUUUACAGGAGGUUUAUAAAGGACUUCUCCAAAAUCACCAAGCCUCUAUGCAACUUGCUAAUGAAAGAGGAAAAACUCACAACAGCGUCUGUGAUUGUGUCACCUGAUUGGGAUUUACCCUUUGAGCUAAUGUGCGAUGCGAGUGAUCAUGCAGCUGGUGCGGUCAUCGUCUACAUAGAUUAUGUUGCUCUGAAGUAUCUUAUGACAAAGAAGGAUGCCAAUCCGAGAUUGAUCCAUUGGAUAUUGUUGUUGCAAGAGUUCGAUAUUGAGAUCAAGGAUAAGAAGGGCAGUGAAAAUGUGGUAGCCGACCACCUAUCAAGAUUGGAACGGGAUGAACCUGAGAUGUCAGUAGAGAUCAAUGAAAUCUUUCCAGAUGACCAAAUUUUUGGAGUAGAGAUAGUCCCAUGGUACGCUGAUAUUGUUAACUACCUUGCUAAGUCCAUCCCGCCACGAGAGUAUUCUAGCCAUCAAAGAAAGAAGUUCUUUUUAGAGUUGAAGUAUUACUUUUGGGAGGAUCCCAUUCUCUACAGAAGAGGCGCAGAUCAGAUAAUCAGAAGAUGUAUUCCUGAAGAUGAAUGGGUGGAAGCUGUUGCAUUGCCUACUAACGAUGCGAAAGUGAUGAUAGAGUUCUCGAAGAAGUACAUAUUUACAAGAUAUGGCACACUGAGGUUGAAUAUGGAUCUCAAGGCUACUGGUGAAAAAUGA